GUCAAAAUUUUUUUUGUGUUGUGUGGUUGAAUGAAUUUUUGUCCACGCGAGUUAUUUUUUUUUAUUUGGCCACCAAGUUUUUGCUGUAAUUAUUAAAAUAUAAACCAUUUGAAUUUAGAAAUAUUAUAUGAAAAGUUUAGAAAAACCUUAAGAUGAGUACUAUAUUAGAGAAAAUUGCUGCCAUUGAAGGCGAGAUGGCUCGUACCCAAAAAAAUAAAGCUACAUCGGCUCAUUUGGGUUUGCUAAAGGCUAAAUUGGCUAAACUGCGAAGAGAAUUGAUUUCCCCCAAGGGUGGUGGCGGUGGUACAGGUGAACAGGGUUUUGAAGUUGCCAAGACUGGUGAUGCCCGGGUGGGUUUUGUGGGUUUUCCCUCUGUGGGUAAAUCCACUUUGCUGUCCAAUUUAGCCGGUGUCUAUUCUGAAGUUGCGGCCUAUGAGUUCACCACGCUUACCACGGUGCCGGGUUGUAUUAAAUAUAAAGGAGCUAAGAUCCAAUUGUUAGAUUUGCCCGGUAUUAUUGAAGGUGCUAAAGAUGGUAAAGGUCGUGGUCGUCAAGUUAUUGCUGUGGCACGUACCUGUAAUUUAAUUUUCAUGGUACUCGAUUGCCUUAAACCUUUGGGUCACAAAAAAUUGCUAGAACAUGAAUUGGAAGGUUUUGGUAUACGUCUCAAUAAGAAACCACCAAAUAUUUACUAUAAACGCAAGGACAAGGGUGGUGUUAAUCUCAAUUCUAUGGUACCACAAUCCGAAUUGGAUGCUGAUUUGGUUAAGACCAUAUUGUCGGAAUAUAAAAUACACAAUGCUGAUAUAACGCUGCGUUAUGAUGCCACCAGUGAUGAUUUGAUUGAUGUCAUUGAAGGCAAUCGUAUCUAUAUACCCUGCAUUUAUCUGCUUAAUAAAAUUGAUCAAAUUUCUAUAGAAGAAUUGGAUGUCAUCUAUAAGAUUCCACACUGUGUACCCAUAUCAGCUCAUCAUCGUUGGAAUUUCGAUGAUUUGCUAGAAUUGAUGUGGGAAUAUUUGAAAUUGGUGCGAAUUUAUACAAAACCUAAAGGUCAAUUGCCUGAUUACAAUUCACCUAUUGUCUUGCACAGUGAACGCACCACUAUUGCUGAUUUCUGUAACAAAUUGCAUCGUACUAUUGCUAAAGAAUUUAAAUAUGCCUUGGUUUGGGGUUCUUCGGUUAAACAUCAACCCCAAAAGGUUGGUAUUGAUCAUGUGCUCAACGAUGAAGAUGUUGUACAGAUUGUUAAGAAGGUCUAGAGUGUAACAGAGAAUUUGACAAAAAAAGAAAUAAUUUUUAUUAUUAAUAAAGAAAACAAAAUUAGUUUUAAACUAAAUGAAUGCUAAAACAAAGUUCUAUGUCAUUGAUAUUUUUUAUGGUCAUAUGCGCCGGCAAUGAAAAAACACACAAAAAAUUGAGAAGAAAUAAAGAUGGAAAUAAAAAAGUAAAUAUUUAACAAAAAAAGGUA